CGUAUUCCAUUUUAAACGCUUCACUGGGGACAACAUGGCUGCAGCGGCGGGGCGCUACUACAGCGAGGGCGGCAGAGCGACAAAAAGACAGAAAACAGACAGCGACGGCAUGGCGACGGAGGGGUAUGUUGACCCCCAUAAGACACUGCCUUCUCUGGUGGUGCACGUCAGGGGGCUGAUUGACGGCAUCACCGAAUCUGACCUGGUGGAGGCGCUGCGGGAGUUUGGGACCAUCAGCUACGUGGUGCUGAUGCCGAACAAGCGUCAGGCUCUGGUGGAGUACGAGGACAUGAGUGGCUCGUGUAACGCAGUGACGUACGCCAAUGAUAACCAGGUGUACAUCGCCGGGCGACCCUGCUACAUCAACUACUCCACCAGCCAGAAGAUCUCACGGCCUGGAGACUCGAGCGACGCACCCAGCGUCAACAACAUCCUGCUGUUCACCAUCAUGAACCCCAUCUACCCGAUCACCACGGACGUGCUGUACACCAUCUGCAAUAACUGCGGCCCUGUGCAGAGGAUCGUGAUCUUCAGGAAGAACGGAGUGCAGGCCAUGGUUGAGUUUGACUCCGUCCAGAGUGCUCAAAGAGCAAAAGCAUCACUGAAUGGAGCCGACAUCUAUUCUGGUUGCUGCACUCUCAAAAUCGAGUAUGCUAAGCCAACUCGUCUCAAUGUGUUCAAGAAUGACCAGGACACUUGGGACUACACUAAUCCUACUCUGAGCGGCCAAGAUGCUGAUUCAGACGGCAAUUGGAACAAUUCUCAAGACCCCAAUGCUAACCCGAACAAGCGCCAGAGGCAGCCAGCCCUGCUUGGGGACCACCCGCCAGAAUAUGGGGGACCUCAGAGUGGCUACAGUCACUAUGAUGACACGUACGGCCCCCCUCCCCCUCACUAUGAGGGACGGCGUAUGGGCCCACCUAUGGGCCGGGGCCGUGGGGGGCCCCGCUAUGGGGGUCCGCAGUACGGACACGGCCCUCCGCCAGAAUACGCCUCUCAGGCAGACUCUCCUGUUAUUAUGGUGUAUGGCCUCGACCCCUACAAGAUCAACGCUGACCGGAUCUUCAAUAUUUUUUGUCUCUAUGGCAACGUAGAGAGGGUGAAGUUCAUGAAGAGCAAACCAGGUGCUGCGAUGGUGGAGAUGGGAGACUGUUAUGCGGUAGAGAGAGCCAUCUCUCACCUCAACCACACCAUGCUGUUCAACCAGAAACUCAACAUCUGUGUGUCGAAGCAGCAGGCUAUCAUCCCGGGCCAGUCAUACCAGCUUGAGGACGGCAGCAGCAGCUUCAAGGAUUUCCAUGGCAGCCGGAACAACCGCUUCACCUCCCCUGAGCAGGCGGCCAAGAACCGCAUCCAGCGGCCCAGCAACGUGUUGCACUUCUUCAACGGCCAGCCGGACAGCUCUGCCGAGAUUUUCAACCAGAUCUGUGAUGAGCUUGGACUGAAGCCUCCCACCAACGUCAAGCUUUUCACAGGAAAGAGCGGGUCUGUAGGUGAGAGGAGUGCAUCUGGACUGUUGGAAUGGGAGACGGUGAAUGAUGCUAUGGAAGCUCUCUCUAUGAUGAACCACUACCAGAUGAAAAACCCAAGUGGGCCGUACCCGUACACCCUUAAACUGUGCUUCUCCACUGCACAGAACGCAAACUGAGCCCACAAGCAACCUAAACUGACAUUUAGCUGACAUUUGACCCUCACAACUAAGCCCACUAGCACACAGCGAGUCCUCCGAGGUGGACAGCAGAUAAAACUCCCCCUUAAAGAAAGAUAACUGUGUUUUUGUACAAACAGUGUUCAACUUUUUAAUUUACACUUUGUCUAUUCUUAUUU